CGACAAGGGUUCUUGUGCGUUUUCAUCAGAUAAUUGCUUUCGCAAAGCUCUUCGACGUCAACGGAGUACUAAGGGCCGUUACUUGAUCUAUAUUCGAUUUCACUGUUCAUCUCAACCCGUUCCGCCGAAAAAAGAACACAGACUACAUUUCCACCAUGGCUUCGGAGUUCGGCGCCGUAUCUCAUCUGUUGCCCCCUUCGUAUAAAUCCAUGGUUGCUUCAUGGAUCGAGGAAGAUACACCGAGCUUUGAUUACGGUGGAUUCGUUGUGGGUGAAGCGCCUGGUGAGGCGAAGCUUUUGGGCAAAAGCGCGGGUAUCGUUGCCGGCGUUCCGUUCUUUGACGAGGUUUUCCGUCAACUUGACUGCAGCGUGGAAUGGCAUGUGCGAGAAGGAGAAGCGUUCGAACCGGUAAAGCAUUGUGCUACUGUGCGUGGACCUGUUCGCAAGAUCCUCUUGGGCGAGAGAGUAGCGCUGAACACUCUUGCGCGAUGCUCUGGAAUCGCGACACAAUCGAAUCGGCUUUUGCGCCUAUUGCGCCAUGCUGGGUAUAAGAAUGUCCUUGCUGGAACGAGAAAAACGACGCCGGGCUUUCGUCUAGUCGAAAAAUACGGCAUGUUGGUUGGUGGUUGUGAUCCACACCGACAUGAUCUUAGUACUAUGACUAUGCUCAAAGAUAAUCACGUUUGGUCCAGCGGCUCCAUUUCCACUGCUGUUAGAGCUGCCAAGGCUGCUGGCGGCUUUAGUAUAAAGGUCGAGGUGGAAUGUCAAAGCGAAGCCGAGGCUGAUGAGGCCAUAGAAGCGGGUGCUGAUGUUGUCAUGCUGGACAAUUUUACCCCUGAAGGUAUAAGGAUUGCGGCCCGAAACUUGAAGACUCGAUGGGGAUUCGGAGGUCAAAGAAGCCCUCUGAUUGAAGUAUCGGGUGGCUUGACUGAGGGGAAUGUCGAGCCAUACGUGAGCGAGGACAUUGAUAUUAUCAGUACAAGCUCGAUACACCAGGGAGUGAAGCAUGUCGAUUUUUCCCUCAAGAUCGUGCAUUAGAAUUACAUUUUUUUCACGAUUUGUCUUUGAAGAAUCCCUGCGCAGAAAGUAGAGGAU